AUGACCCCCUUUCGAUCGGUGACGGCAUUGUCCGCCCCUGGAAAGGUCCUUCUCACCGGUGGCUACCUCGUCCUCGAUCGUAGCUACACCGGUACCGUUUUUGCACUUGACGCACGCAUCCAUGUCAUCGUCCAGCAGUUGAGGAAGGGUCACCACCGAGACCCCGCCUCGCCAAAUUACACCCGACCAGAGGCCGGCGCUCAGGAGGCAGAGGAUACUGUCAUUGUGCGCUCCCCACAAUUCGUGGACGCAGUGUGGGAAUAUGGUAUACAGCGCUGUGAAAAUGGUGGGGGAAUUAAGGCGGUCCAGAAAGGCGAAGGACCCCGGAAUCCCUUCGUCGAGACCUCGUUAAGUUACGCUUUGACCUACAUCAGCUACGUCGCCAACUCCAAGGACUUUGGAUCGCUCAUAAUCACCAUCCUCGCCGACAACGACUACUACUCUGAGACGGCUGCUUCCAAGGGCCCCGCAUCCCGAGCGCGCGGGGGACGAUUUGCCAACUUCGGUGUUCCUCUACAGGAUGCUCAUAAGACUGGAUUGGGCUCGUCGGCUGCGCUGGUGACUGCGUUCGUCUCGGCUCUGGUCAUCCAUCGCACCAUGCACGCAGACGACCUCGGCGCGGGUCGCGACAAGCUCCAUAACCUGGCACAAGCGGCACACUGCGCGGCCCAGGGCAAGGUGGGAUCAGGAUUCGAUGUGGCCGCUGCCGUGUACGGGUCGUGUCUCUACCGACGGUUUUCGCCCGCGAUUCUGGAGGCGGUUGGCGAUGUGGGCUCUGCAGGGUUCGAGGAGCGGCUCUUUGCAGUAGUCGAGGAUGCCGACCCACAACAUCCCUGGGACACCGAGUGUGUGGAUUUUGGGAUGCAGCUCCCGCGCGGGCUGCAGAUGGUUCUGUGCGACGUUGAAUGUGGCUCGCAGACACCUACGAUGGUCAAGAAGGUCCUGGAGUGGCGGAAGAACAAUCGGAGCGAAGCCGACGUGCUUUGGGCCAGCCUCCAGAAGAACAACGAGUGUCUCCGGCAGGAGCUGAAGCAUCUGGCCCAGCAUCCUGACGCCAACCCCGACGGCGAUUUCUCCGAGGUCCGUUCCUAUGUCCACCGUACGCGACACCACAUCCGCACGAUGACCCGCCUGACGGGCGUCCCCAUCGAGCCGCGUGUGCAGACGGAACUACUCGACGCCAUCUCGGAGAUUGACGGUGUUGUCGGCGGCGUGGUGCCUGGUGCUGGCGGCUACGAUGCCAUUGCGCUGCUGAUCCGGGACGAUCCCGCGGUGAUCUCCCGGCUCAAUGAGAGCUUGACGAAUUGGACGAGCUCGGUAGAAGACGAUUUUGGCGGGAAGAUUGGCCAUGUGCGCCUGCUGGGCGUGCGGCACGGGUCUGAAGGAGUGAAGAACGAAGUGCUGGAUCAAUACGCCGGCUGGCUCUAG